AUGCCUUUUAAAUAAACUAUUAUAUAAACCCCACAAUUUCACAAUGGAAUAUCAUAUAAGAAAUGUUUUUGCUUUGCUUCAUAUGGUGUGAUUUGGUGCAUAUUUGGUAUUACAUCUUUGAAAAACUUCAAUGUGAAAUAUGUAAUGGUUGAAAUAGCGUAGAUCUCUUGACAAUAAAUCAACCAUGAUUCUACGAACACUUUAGUUGCUGAACUAGAAAUUCGUGUAUUUUAUAAAGCUUAAGAUUUGUGAUAUAGUGCAGCAGCAUAAGAGUUAAAGCAUUUUUCAAGCCAUUUUAAACAUUUGAGUGAUUGCAAUUUCGUAAGCACAAAGCGUAACGUUGAACCCCCUAUGGCUGGGGCAAUUAGCUUAGAAAAUGGACUGGAUCUACGAGGGGAUUUUCCAGAGGAGCCAAUGGAAAAUGGUGGGAAUCUGUUCGCCCCUGACAAUGAUGAAGGAAUGGAUGUCCCCAAUAUUACCAGCAAGUUGGCGCUGGUGAGCCCGACAAACGAGGAAUAUGAGUACAUCCUGGAGACAUUGAAGGAACGGGUAGAGGAGGGGCAGGGGGAGACCAUCUAUGAGCUAGGGACAGGAGAGACUGACAACCCUGGUCUGAAGGAGGAAGACAUGCAUGCAUCUAUCGCGACCCUGAAGAGUAUUGCAGAGACGCUUGAUUACGAGGUGGCUAAGCUCCGGGAGAGACAUGAGAAGGAAGGACUCGUCUGUGAGUUUCUCUUGAGGAAAAAGCUUGAUUCUCAGGACUUUAUGGAAAUAAGAGUGGCAGUCGUGGGGAAUGUAGAUGCAGGCAAAAGUACACUGCUGGGUGUGUUAACCCACGGGGAACUUGACAAUGGGCGUGGUCUUGCAAGAUUGAAGCUUUUCCGACACAAACAUGAGAUGGAGUCUGGACGAACAAGCAGUGUGGGGAAUGAUAUUUUGGGAUUUGAUGCGGUUGGGAAUGUUGUGAACAAGGCUGAACAUGGGCAUCUUGACUGGAUUAAGAUUUGUGAAGAGUCAGCCAAGGUGAUAACGUUUAUAGAUCUUGCUGGCCACGAGAAGUACCUGAAAACAACAGUAUUUGGCAUGACGGGACAUGCUCCAGACUUUGCUAUGUUGAUGAUUGGAGCAAACGCGGGUAUAAUUGGUAUGACAAAGGAACAUUUAGGGUUAGCCCUUGCGUUACAAGUUCCUGUGUUUGUGGUGGUAACAAAGAUCGACAUGUGUCCUGCUAACGUUCUCGAUGACACUUUAAAACUGCUGCAGAAGAUACUUAAGUCCCCUGGGUGUAGGAAAAUGCCUGUUCUAGUCCAGAAUGCUGACGAUGUUGUUUGCACUGCUACCAACUUUUCAUCAGAAAGAAUGUGCCCAGUAUUCCAAGUGUCCAAUGUAACGGGGCAGAACAUGGACCUUCUCAAAAUGUUUCUUAAUCUUCUUUCCACGAGAAUGAAGUGUAACCUAGGCAGCCCACCAGAGUUUCAAAUUGAUGACACAUUCUCUGUACCUGGCGUGGGAACCGUGGUUUCUGGUACCGUGCUUCAGGGUUAUGUCAAGUUGAAUGAUACACUAAUGCUGGGACCUGAUCCCCUUGGACAGUUCCAGCCACUUGUGAUAAAGAGUAUACACAGGAAACGAAUGCCGGUGAAAGAGGUUCGUGGCGGACAGACAGCUUCCUUCUCAUUGAAAAAGAUCAAGCGUUCAACUAUACGUAAAGGCAUGGUGAUGGUGUCGCCACGUCUCAACCCACAGGCUUGCUGGGAAUUCGAGGGAGAAAUUCUUGUUCUUCACCAUCCAACCACGAUCAGCGUCAAAUACCAGGCCAUGGUGCACGUUGGAAGUGUACGUCAGACAGCUACUAUUCUCAGCAUGACUGGAGAACAUCUACAUACAGGUGAUGGCUUUCUGCGAACAGGUGAUAAAGCCAUCGUGAGGUUCCGCUUUAUUAAAAACCCAGAGUACCUGCGACCAAACAUGAGAAUGGUGUUUCGGGAAGGACGAACAAAAGCUAUUGGUACAGUUUCAAAGCUAUUUCCACACAUAAGAGCGGUUGCCCAAAAUACGAGACAACAGCGGGCACAGAAAAAAGCCCAGGAGCAAGGUCACUCAGGGGCUAUGAACGAACCACAGAAGCCCAGUAAGAAACGCAGAGGGACAAAGAAACACACAGCAGAGUUUGAUGAAACAAAGGAAAAUGAGCGUGAACUUUCAACACCUACUUAACUCUGUCUUGUGAACAAUGUCUUGAUUUUGUGAUGGAAAUAGUGGACAUAUGUGAUCAAAGUUUUACCAUAGCAGUGGUAAAAAGAUUUGAUGCAUUUUCUGGAGAUUUGACAAUGCUCUGAAAUUAUACCUACAAUUCCAAAUGCCAUCCAAUCCUUCAGGUUCGCCAAACCAUUAAUAUUUUACAAACAUCAUACAUCUUUCCCACUCAAUGUUAUCCAUUCGAUGUUUGAAUAAUGAUCAGGGUGUCAUUUGUGUUUAUAUUUUACCUAUGAAUUGCAUGAAAGAUUCAGGGGGUUUAACAUCAUUGUCAUAGAAUUCUAAUGAUCAUUUAUUUUCUAUGACUGUGUAUAUGUUCUUAUGAAUGCAAAUUUCAGCAAACCGUAAGUUAACCUUAAAAUACAUUUACUGGUAACUUUUCUAUGCGUGUAUUAAAAUUAGUUCAUUUGGGGAAGUGUUUUCUCAUUAAUAGAAGUUUUAUUAUUUUAUUUUAAGUGUAAGUAAAAUAAUUAUAUUAUUAAAUCUGUACACUGCCAUUAACGGGCAUUAUCAAAUGGGCUUGAAUUCAAUGCAAAUGUUGCAGCUUGUAAAGAUUUCAAUUAAAAUGUUAAAAGCCCUAGUAAAGACCUCUUUGAGGAGUUCACUGAAUAAUAACAUUAUAGGACAUUAGGCUAGGAUUGAUUAAAUAUUGAAUGAAAGCUAGUUUAAUGCUGUUGUUGAAUGUCAUGGUGAAGGUGCUUAUUGUUUGUUUACUGUAGAUGGCACACUGAAGAUGUUUGAUCUCAGAUGUUCUCAUUUUUUUGUUUAUCUCAUUUUCAUCACCAUACUGAACGUCAAUAUACUGAAGAAACAUUUCAUAAGUUAUUAUUUUAUAACAUGUUUUUAAAUAAUCUACAUUAAUUUCUUGUUAUAAUAAUUACAGUUGUAUUUUGGCUUAAAAUCCUUCAAGAAAUGCUUUGAUUUUACUGGUAAAAUUUUAAACUACUUUCUUGAAACAUAUAAAAGAAAGUUGAAAAGCAAUUCCUUCAGUAAUAUUGUGCUGACAUACUUGAAGAGGAAUUUUUUAUAUUGAUUUACUAGUCCAGGAAAUAUGAAAUUAAUGUAUGAUACAUGUAUAUUUCUACACAUUCUGCCGCAGAAAAUCAUAUUAUGUACGGUAUGUUCAUUAAUAUUUACUAACAUGUUCAUAAACCAAAAGAAUUGCAUUUCUUUUCUUAAUUUAAUAGAAAGCAUGUUUGGCAUAAUUAAAACGCCGCAUUUUUCAUUUGCAAUAAAAUUUGAAAAACUAUUGUAAAUAUUGGUGUGUGGCAACUGAGGAGAAGAUGUAAAACUGACCUUCAUGUAAAUACAUGCUUCUUGAUUUCCUUUGUGUCUUUGAAACCUAUAUAUUGAUUUUUGUUAUCUUGUGAAAUUUUUAGAUUAGCAUUAUUGUUUCUUCAUUUAUGUCCAUUUUAGUCUUAACUCUUGUCAAUUUUUACCUUGCAUGACUGUUUUGUUUCUUUUAACUUCUUCUUUAUUUAUGUACUGAUUUUUUCUUUAGUUCAAACCAAAAUACGGAGUCUACUCUUUGUGUUUCAACCGUUUUCCUUGAAUGACUUUUAAUUGUUUAACUGUAUAUUACAUUGAACACUGCAUCACCUGAAGAUCAUGUGUUUUGAUAAAAUUUUGUUAAGUAAAAAAUAUGAAGGAA